AUGUCCGUCCGUCUCGCCGGCACUGCUCUCCGGGAGAUCCGCAUCCACGUGUGUCAAAAGAGCCCUGCAUCAGCCGGAGUUCGCGCAUUCAUCGAAAACGACUAUGUUGGCAUCAAGAAGGCUAAUCCACAGUUCCCUAUUUUAAUCCGUGAAGCGUCAGGCAUCGUUCCAAGAGUUUUCGCCAGAUAUGAGCACGGAGUUGAACGAGUUGCUACUUUGGAGGAUUUAUCCAGAGAAAAUGUUAAAUCGACAAUUGCUCAAUUGGCAGCUCAGAAAUAA